UCGCCCGCCGCCCCGCCGCCCCUGCCGGGCGCCAGCCGGCGGGUUACAUAACGGGACCUGCGGGACGCUCUCGCGAGGCUUCCACCGCCUUCUCCUCGCUCCACGUCAGAGGGAACCGGGCGGAGCGGCCAACAUGGCGGAACGCAGGCGACACAAGAAGCGGAUUCAGGAAGUUGGUGAGCCAUCUAAAGAAGAGAAGGCUGUAGCCAAGUACCUUCGAUUCAACUGUCCAACAAAGUCCACCAAUAUGAUGGGUCACCGGGUUGAUUAUUUUAUUGCUUCAAAAGCAGUGGACUGCCUUUUGGAUUCAAAGUGGGCAAAGGCCAAGAAAGGAGAGGAAGCUUUAUUUACAACAAGGGAGUCUGUGGUUGACUACUGCAACAGGCUUUUAAAGAAACAGUUUUUUCACCGGGCACUAAAAGUAAUGAAAAUGAAGUAUGAUAAAGACAUAAAAAAGGAAAAAGACAAAGGAAAAGCUGAAAGUGGAAAAGAAGAAGAUAAAAAGAACAAGAAAGAAAAUCUAAAGGAUGAAAAGACAAAAAAGGAAAAAGAAAAAAAAAAAGAUGGUGAAAAGGAAGAAUCCAAAAAGGUAUAUGUGUGGAUCUAUGACCCAGUUCACUUUAAAACCUUUGUCAUGGGAUUAAUUCUUGUGAUUGCAGUGAUAGCAGCCACCCUCUUCCCCCUUUGGCCAGCGGAAAUGAGAGUAGGUGUUUAUUACCUCAGUGUGGGUGCAGGCUGUUUCGUAGCCAGCAUUCUUCUCCUUGCUGUUGCUCGUUGCAUUCUAUUUCUCAUCAUUUGGCUCAUAACUGGAGGAAGGCACCACUUCUGGUUCUUGCCAAAUCUGACUGCUGAUGUAGGCUUCAUUGACUCCUUCAGGCCUCUGUACACACAUGAAUAUAAAGGACCAAAAGCAGACUUAAAGAAAGAUGAGAAAUCUGAAACCAAAAAACAGCAGAAGUCCGACAGCGAGGAAAAGUCAGACAGUGAGAAAAAAGAAGAUGAGGAGGGAAAAGGAGGACCAGGAAAUCAUGGAGCAGAAGGCUCAGGUGGAGAACGGCAUUCUGACACAGACAGUGACAGGAGGGAAGACGACCGCUCCCAACACAGUAGUGGAAAUGGGAAUGAUUUUGAAAUGAUCACAAAAGAGGAACUGGAACAACAAACAGAUGGGGAUUGUGAAGAGGAGGAAGAAGACGAUGACGGAGAAACAACUAAAUCUUCACAUGAAAAAUCAUAACCUGCCUAACUUUGGGACUACAUACGUGUAAGAGGUUGGAUUUUCUAUGUUGGCUGAUCGUCAUAAUGUACACAUGACAUUUGUAGCAUCCUUUAAAUCCACUUACUGAAAUGUAUUUGACAUCUAAGCAGUUAUAUUCAGUCCUUCAUUUUAUAGAACACUGUUAUGGGUACAGUCAAAAGCCAUUUAUAAGUUUUAUCUAUUUGAUAAAUUUAUAGUAAGUAGGUCUCAUUAAUUUUGAUAGUUAUCAGAGAUGUACUUUCCACAAUGACAUUUAGAUUAAUGGCAUUUUUGAUAAUUGUAUGGCUUUUUACUGUUAGACUAAUCAAAAUAACUAAAAGGGAUAAAAAAGAAACACCAAUAUUUCAGAUUAUGUAUAGUUGUGUAGCCAUUUCACAGAUUCUUUGAGAUGAAAUGCUUAAACUCACUGUUCUUGAUAGUUAAAAUUUUGUUGAUUACAAAAUUACACCAGGAAAUUUCUAAGAUUCUGAGUUAGCAAGGUUCAAAAAGCAUUUUGUGGAAACAAGCCAACUAGUAAUAAUGCAACAACACUUUUAGUUUAGCUACAAAUUCUCCUUUCCCAACUUAGGAAAUCCAAACUGGUUUGUGCAUCUGCUUCCGAGAAAGACCGUUGUCUCCAACCGAGAGGCUGCGCCGCGUUGGCGGGAAGGUGAUGGCUCUUCCUCCCAUUUCCUUGUCGUAAAGUAAUGUAUUCUGUAUAUAAUUUACAAAUAAACAUUUUAUUUUAAUUGUUACUUAUUAUUUAGACAUUUUCUUAACACUUAAAUUUGUAAAAUUAAAACCAUUUAAAGGUGUGUUUUUAGAGAAAUGGGAGUUUCAGUAACCCACAGGACAUCUGUGAUCUUUCUACAGCAGCUUCAGUUUGUGCCAACAUUCCAUGUAUUUGAACAUGAGUUAAAACCAACUUUAUUAAAUAAGAGCAUACUUAAAGUAGUGUUUGUAUGCCUUAAUGUUCAUUUUGAUUUAUCUUAAAUCUCUACAUUCAGAAAUGGGGUACUGUAUUAUCAGACCAGGAAGCACUGCUAUGAAAGAUAAUUUACUGUUCUAAAAUACCAAUUUAAAAUAAAGAACAUACAAGAAAACAUAAA